CACGCGGCCGCGCGCGGCUCUCGCUCGCCCCUGCCCGCGUCGCCUCGGCUCGGCUCGGCUCGGCUCGCGCUGCCUCGCCUCGCGCCGCCUCGAGCCCGCCUCGCGCCGCGCUGCGCUGCGCUCCGCGAACGUGAGCGUGCCCGGCAGCCUCGGCAGCGGCUUCGUCCGGAUUCUGCGCGCGAGGGCCGACGCUUCAGCACGAGAAGCUCCGUUUUUCUUUUUCUCGGACGACGGUUCUGUAAUUAAUUUUUUUUUUUUUUGGCGGGGACUAAACAUUAAUAAUAAUGGGCGACAAGAAGAGCCCGACCAGGCCCAAGAGACAAGCCAAACCGGCGGCGGACGAGGGCUUCUGGGACUGUAGCGUGUGCACGUUCAGGAACAGCGCCGAGGCGUUCAAGUGCAGCAUCUGCGACGUGCGCAAGGGGACCUCCACGCGGAAGCCCCGGAUCAACUCGCAGCUGGUGGCCCAGCAGGUAGCGCAACAGUACGCCAGUCCGCCGCCGCCCAAGAAGGAGCGCAAGGAGAAGGCGGAGCGGCCGGAGGCCGAGCGGCCCGAGCGUGAGCGCGCGCGCUCCGACGGGGAGCCCCCCGAGAAGGAAGCCGUCGAGAAGGAGCUGCCCGACAAGGAGAAGCCAGACGGGGAGAAGGACAUCAGUCCCACGGUCACCAAAAAACCCAGCAGCAAAAAGACCAAACCCAAGUCAGAUAUUCACCAGAGUCCUCGCAGUGAAGUAAACAGCAUACAGUCAGGAAACUCAACAGCCAAGACCAACAACUCGCACGUUUUAAGGCCCAAGCUCAAGAAUAUCGACCGGAGUACGGCCCAGCAGCUGGCGAUCACCGUGGGCAACGUGACGGUCAUCAUCACGGACUUUAAGGAGAAGACGCGCUCGUCGUCCACGUCGUCGUCCACGGUGACGUCCAGCAUGGGCUCCGACCAGCAGCACCAGAGCUCGGGCUCCGAGAGCAUAGACAGGAGCUCCUCGCGGGCCUCUACCCCCAAAGGACACCUCUCCGCGGGACACGACGAGUCCUUCUGAGCCCCCCCCCCCCUUCCCGCUCGCCACCUUCACCGCCUGGCACCCCGUACGGAAAACUCGGACCCCGAAGGGGAGAAACGCGUUUCCCUCCCCCCUGCACCCGCUGUGUAAUACCCCCCCUCAGAUCCCCUUCUUCCAGGAUGUCGAGGAUUCCGGCUGCCGGGACAGAGACGCUGCACGCUCCUCGAAGACGAGUGUCUCCACAGGACAAGCGUGGCACCGGCUGGAUAGCGGAGCCGGAAGGAAUGGCGCCUUGUACGUAUUCUGUAGUUUUAUAUGUUUAAGUGGAUGUGCCGCUGAAUCAACUUUUUUUAUAUCUAAAUAUACGAAAUCUUAUGUGCACAGUUUCCACCUACAUUUUAACAAUACUGAUCGAUCACAUGUAUCCCUUUAUUUAUUACGUCUUUGACCUGUAUAGUUACAGCUAUAUUUUAGCUUUUUUUUUUCUUUUUUUUUUUUUAAAUAUAUAAUUUUUUUGUUUUUGUUGAAGCUUCCCGGAAAGCCUCAGUUCUUACUCUCGCUCGAAAGACAAACAAGAUCACUUAAAAGUCCUUGAAACACUUUCAACACUGGUGCUAGAUACACUGUGAAACAGCUUCACCUCCACAACUGCCGUUCACACUCUGUCAAGUGCUAAGCCCACAAAAAUCUUUCUCUCUCUCUCUCUCUGUCUCUGUGCUUGACUGGAGUGACAGGAUGAUACUCCUAAUGCUGUCAAAGUGAAGGAACACAAAUACGUAUAUAAACGAAAAACAAUAUUAGCAGGGAGGCCACACAGCGAUUGGAUUUUGACACAGCUUUAGUGUGUGUGCUGGAAGGUGUCACAAUGUGCUCCGUUUCAUCUGCUCGCAACGUUUGGGGUUACAAAUCACGGAGGUGCGUUUGAGGAUGUAGCUACUGUGUACUACACAGUACAUAAAAGAACACUAUUUUUCUUUUUUUUUAAUUUAGUUUUUUUACUUUGCGCAUCAUUUGGUUUUCAGCUACAGCGUUGGAGAGGAUGGGAAAGGAGUCUAAUGCAAAUGACUAAACGAGUAAACGUUUAAAGUUCUACACCCGCUUCGCAAAGCACUGUUUUUACUUAAUGAAUUUAUGAAAGCGUAAACUAGAAAACGCCCAUCAGAGCACCCCGAGUCUAAUCGCUCGUUCUGUUUAUGGCGCUCAUCAGCACUGGUCCCAUCUGUUCGUUCCCAGUCCUCAUGAGUACCUGUUGGUAUUUGUUCCAUUCAUGGACAAAUCUUUAAAUACUGUUUCAAAAUAGGAGCCAGUACAAGUAAGCGAACCAUGAAACCAGGUACAUUUACCACUUACAACGUUAAUUAUUACAGUUACACGCUUAUAAUUAUUUACCCGUUUAUACGGCUGGGUAAUUUUACCGGAGCGGUUUAGGGUAAGUACCUUGCUCAAGGGUUCUACAGCCAGAGGUGGGGAUUGAACCUGCGGCCUUUGCAUCCGAAGGUCGCAGCUCGAACCACUACCCUACCGGUUGGGUUAUUAUACUACCUUGAACACGGGGAAAAUGAGACCCAGGUGACAUGGUUGACUUCGUAGAGAUGUGCAAAUCCUUGUUGGGUCUCAAGCUUCGAUGCCAUGAAGGUCCAGCCAGGUGAUGAAGAAAAGCAGUUAAACUGGUCUCAAGAUUAAUUAUUGUAUUUAUGACUCCAAUUUGUUUAUGAAGGCAAAUGCAGCAUAAUCAAUAAAUAUUAAUGCUGUCCAUCAUUUAAUAUUCAUCAGUUGCUUUUCUCAGUUGUCAAAACGCUGAAACCACACCGUGAACUGAAAUAAAUCAGGAUGCCAUUCAGCUACAAUUAUUUUAAUUUCCUCCGCUCAUCCCCAGAUAGUUAUAGAACUAAACUUGUAUUCAUGUUAAUAGCCUGUGGAAGUAGUGGGUCAGCACAUCUCCUUUUGAAUUGUAUUAAACUUGUAUAAAGAUUAAAAAUGUGUAUAUGAUAUCAAUUUUAUUUAUUGACGGACCAAAGGAGUUUGAUAUAGAUGACGUGCUAAUAGGCAAAUAACAAUUUGAAAUGUUAUGUGAUAUAAAAAAUACAUUUUAAAUAGACUAAUAUAAUCCAUUUAAAUGGUGUAAUUCUUGUGCACACCAUAAAAUGAAAUUUAAUUUUGAAUCUCAGAAAGUUUAUCUGAUCAGCUAGAAGUCCCACCCAAUAUAUAUAUAUAUAUAUUCCCGUCGCUGAGUUACUGUCAAUAUUGGAAACGGUUUGCACUUUUCCCAGAUGCGCGGUGAGGUAAUAUGAGAGCGGAAGUUGCAAAACGCAACGGCUGCGGUCGCGUCCGAGCCGAGCGGCGGUUUGGAUGGCGCUCCGGUGUCGGUCGGACCCUCUGCUGUUGCACCCGAGGUCCAGGAGGCUGGUCUGUGCCCGGGGGGGGGGCGACGACCCGCCGGAGUAAAAAGUACACGUGCGUCGUGCUUGUUCCUUCAACAUCGUGUUCCUAGAUUAAUCUGAGCAGUUAUGAAUUUGCUGAAGUCCCCUGGGGUCCAUCGCAGUGUCUGGGUAACCAUGAAGGCACA